AUGGACCCCCUCGGGCAGCUCGAGCGAUCAACCUCGACCCACAGCACGACGUCCCUUCGCUCCCACCGGUCCGCGACCGUCCGUCAAGGGCGCCAGAUCAGCCGCGCGCGCCUCACGUCACGGCAGCCGUCGUCCUCGGCGAGCAGCAUAGCACCCAGCGACAAGUCCCUGACAAGCUUCCCGAGCUUCUCGCCCGAGUCGCCGGGUGCCAGCCGCUUCCAAGGGUCGACGCCCGCGCUGUCGGUCUACAGUACGUUCAAGGAUCACAGCACAGACAGCUUCGAUGCACGAAACGACCAGGAGGGGGCGCGGGAACAGGAAGAAGAAGAGAGGGUCAAGACGGCGACGCAGGAGAAUCGAGGCGCGAGGAGCGAAAGUAUCGUGGACAGCUUGACGGGAGGUCUGUCGAGCACUUCGAGACGAAGAGAUCUCUUCGAGGAGGAGCCGGUGACAAGGGUACCGGGUGCCCUGCACCGGGCCGACGAUGGACUCAUUGAGCGGCUCAUUGCGCGACAAGGGGCGGUCAGUCUUGUGCGUCAGAUUGCCGAGGACCUGGCCCAACGCGACGCGCAAAUCACCGCGCUGCGGCGACGUGCCGACGACCGCGAAAAGGCACUGCGACGCAUCAUCCGAGAAUGCGGGCUGUCCAACCUCGAGUUGGAGACGAGACUGCGCGUGAUGGAGGACAAUGCCAGGCAUGACGAUACACCAAGGAGCAGGGUGGAUAGCGGCCUCAGCAGCAUGAUGAGCGAUGCCAUGCACGAUACCAUGACGACGGAUGCGCAUCGAGAGACGCGGCUGGCUGGUGGUGAUUCUACCAUCCGAGCAUCGAACGACAGAAAGGAUAGCCGGGGGACGGCCAAGGGAUGGAAAGAUUUCCUGUGGGGCACGAAUACAGCCAAGAAGAGUCGAGGGAACAGCAGCAGCAUCCUGCCGAGCGAGGGAUCGCAGACGGUGGGGGGCAUCCGGUCGUCGUCGAGUCUGGAUCGAAGGCCCGGCCUUGCCGACGACUUGUUCACGCCACCUACGGCCCAUGCCACCUCGAGCACGACGUCACGGCCGUCCAGUACACAUUCAGCCAAUCUACCGGACCGGAAGGCGUCCGGGUCGCUGGCUAGCCUUGCCCUGAGGCUCGUCGCUGGCGGCGCCAUCAGUGGUCGUGAAGCAGAGACAAGAGGGAGAGCGGUCAGCGCAGAUACCAGAGAGGCAUCGACGCGGCCGGUGGCGGCCACGGCACGCCCAUCGCCCUCCCACCGAUCCUCUUCUGUGGCCGGAGGGCCCAAGGCGCUGAUGGCGAUGCGACGCUCGACACCUGUGCCGUCAGCGCAGCCGCAAGCCACGACCAAAACCCCGGCUCAGGAGAUGUGGGAGACAAUGGUCAACAGUCCGCCCGAUGCUGCGCGACAGGAAAGCUACGGGCCGGUUGAGAUGGACGCCAUCCUCCCGCCGGAAUCACAGCCACCAGCCCUGGCGACGCUGUACAACCUAUAUGGCAGCAAAGACGUGCCGACCGAUCGGUUUGGCUUCAUCUACGAUCAACGGCGGAAGAAGCGGCAGCGAGAGGCAGCGCGACACACGCGCGCAGACAGUCGCACGGAGAUGCUUCUCAGCGGACGAAACGGCAUAUCGCCCAACAUGCUGGACGAAGGCCUGCCCAGCCCCAAGGGAAGCGUCUCGAGCGAGGGGGCACCGGCCAGCCCGGUGAGUGCGGAGGACAAGGACAAGGACAAGGCCACCGAGGCUCGCUCGAAACGGUGGCAGGAUUACCUCAAGAUCGCGACAUUCCCCACGGAGCUGCUCAGUCACACCCCGAGCGUGGGCGCGCCGAACCUGGAAGUGCUGGAAGCCCCCGAGACGCCCAACGAGUCGCAGGCGGACACGACACGGUCCCCGUCCAUCACGCCGACGGACCAUGGCCUGCUGCCGUCGGCCAACACGACGGUGGCGGUCAGCAGCCAGGUGACGCUGCCGCCGCCGCCCGAGACGAGCGACGCGGGCCAGGACGAGCUCAAGGAGGACCGCGAACCUGUGCGGCACCUGCUGCAGCAGCUCAACGACCUGCACGACGCGACGCAGCAGAAGAAGACGCCGCUGUGGAACGACUUUCUGCGCAAGGUGCGGGCGGAGCGCAGGCGGGAGGGCGCCGCUGCCGUGGCGGCCGCGCAGGCGGCCGCCGAGGCGCGGUACGAGCGCCCCGCGGUGAUCCUCCCGGAGACGCGCGUGGCGGACGGGGAGAUGAUUGGCAUCUCGGACCUUGGCAACAAGGGCAAGAUUGGGCGCAACAAGUGGAACGAGUUCAAGGGCCUCGUGCUGGGGGGCAUACCGGUGGCGUACCGGCCCAAGAUCUGGUCCGAGUGCUCCGGGGCGACGGCGCUGCGGAUCCCGGGGUACUAUGAGGAUCUGGUGGCGCAGGACCGGUCGGGUGAUGACCCGACGGUGGUGAGCCAGAUUGGCAUGGAUAUUUACCGGACGCUGACGGACAACAUCUUCUUCCGGGUCGGGCCGGGUGUGCCGAAGCUCAAGGAGGUGCUGGUGGCAUACGCGCGGCGCAACAAGCACGUGGGCUACUGCCAGGGGAUGAACCUGAUCACGGCGAACCUGCUGCUGGUGAUGCCGUCGGCCGAGGACGCGUUCUGGGUGCUGGCGACGAUUGUGGAGAACAUCCUGCCGCCGGGGUACUACGACCAGUCGCUCGCGUCGUCGCGGGCGGACCAGCAGGUGCUGCGGCAGUACGUGGGCGUGGUGCUGCCGCGUCUGUCGGCGCACCUCGAUUCCCUGGGGGUGGAGCUCGAGACGAUGACCUUUCAGUGGUUCCUGUCCGUCUUCACCGACUGCCUCUGCGCCGAGGCGCUGUUCCGGGUGUGGGACGUGGUGCUGUGCACGCAGGACGGCAGCACGUUCCUCUUCCAGGUGGCGCUGGCGCUGCUCAAGCUCAACGAGGGCAAUUUGGUCCAGUGCCAGACGGCGGCGGCGGCGUACACGUACAUUGGGCACCACAUGACGGAGCACGCCAUCAGCAUCGACGGCCUGCUGCAGGCGAGCGAGGGUCUCCGACGGGUGGUCAAGAGGGAGGACAUUGAGGCCAAGAGGAGGGCUGUCCUCGACGCCGAGAGGGAGAGUCUGGCGGAGCGGAGCGAGCUCAGCGUCCAGGCGCCGCGACCCAUGGAGGGCUGA